CAGGGCCAGUAUAGGUUGGCGAGGCCAUGUGUAAGGAACCCCCGCCUGGGAGCCCCUUGGCAGGGCUUUGUGCAGACCCAGUGUCUUAUUCAUGAGGCAGAUCAGCAGCGCAGAAGGAAAGAAAAGGAAGCAGAACCUGAUCUCUGCAUCUCACGGGAUGUCCUGCUCCAUGUGCCCAAAAGCUCUGUUCAGUGACGUGAAGACCCAGGGCAGAAACAACCCAGAGUAGAUGUCGUCCUUGAAUCAAGAGACUGCUGACCUCAGUGCAAUGUGCAGCAGAGAGAUGUUUAAGGAUGCUGCGCGGAGAUGUCACCCGCUCCCUGCAAAUUUCCUAAACUAUAAGAGUUUGCUGUGAAUGUAGUGCUUCUGACAUCAUUCCAUUUACAAGUUCCAAGAGGAGAUUUUCAAAUUGAAAAAUGAAAUUGUUUCAGAGAGUACAAGAAGGGGAGGAUUAACAAAGAGCAAACUCAAACCUCACAUCGAAAUCUGACUGAGUUGCUCCACUCAUCAGCACCAUCAAAUAUAAUUGGCCUGUUGACAUGGAAGGCAUUCAGUUGGGGGAAUGAUUUCCUUGCCUCCUUUUGACCAAAGAAACUUUAGCGAAAGUUCUCCAGAACGCAGACUCUGAGACAAGCUGUAACCAGCCUGACCACGCAAACAGAGAGAAAUCAGCUUGUGCUUGACCGUUUUAAUUGAUUGUGUUGCCUGGAAGCAUUGAAGGAACUCUAACACCAUGGAGAGUCCUUGGAAGUGCGAGGACUGCGGCAAAAGGUUUGGUUGUCAGUCCCGUCUGGAGUACCACCGACGGGGGCACACCGGGGAGAGACCAUGGAAGUGCGAGGAUUGUGGGAAAGGCUUCAACCAUCGGUACCUGCUGGAGUACCAUCGGCGUGGGCACACUGGGGAGAGGCCUUUCAGCUGCACAGUGUGCGGGAAGGCUUUUGCUCAGGCAGCCAAUCUGAUGUUGCACCAGCGGAUCCACACAGGAGAGCGACCAUUCGGCUGCAACACCUGCGGAAAGAGGUUCAGUUGCUCGGCCAAUCUCAUUGGUCACCAGCGGAUCCACAGUACGGAGAGGCCAUUCACCUGCUCCCUCUGCGGUAAGGGAUUCACUGGGUCCUCUGACCUCCUGAAACACCAGCAGACACACACAGACGAGCGUCCCUUCAGGUGCUCCACCUGUGAGAAGCGCUUCCGGCGGGCAUCCACCCUCACCACCCACCAACGGAUUCACACUGGGGAGAGGCCCUUUGCCUGCCCAGAUUGUGGGAAAGGUUUCACUGGGGCAUCUGGCCUCCAGUCACACCGGCGGAUUCACAGCAAAGAGAAGCCAUUCGGUUGCUUGUCGUGUGGGAAGAACUUCAGGCAGUCAUCUGCCCUGAAUGCACACCAGCGUGUUCACACCGGGGAGAGGCCAUUCACCUGCUCUGUCUGUGGGAAGGGGUUCACCCAUUCUUCUGGCCUCCAAUCACACCAGCGAAUUCACACCCAGGAGAAGCCGUUUGGCUGCGCGUCCUGCGGAAAGAGCUUCAGGCAUUCAACAGCCCUCAGUGCACACCAACGUGUUCACACCGGGGAGAGGCCAUUCACUUGCUCAGUCUGUGGGAAAGGAUUCACUCAUUCAUCCAACCUCCUGUCACACCAACGAAUUCACACUCAGGAGAAGCCGUUUAGAUGCACUUACUGUGGGAAAUGUUUCAGGCAGUCAUCCACCCUCACAGCACACCAGCGUACGCAUACCGGGGAGAGACCAUUCACCUGCCCUGUGUGUGGGAAGCGAUUCACACAGUCUGCCAACCUGCUGAUGCACCAGCGGACUCACACUGGAGAGAGGCCAUUCACCUGCUCGGUAUGCCAGAAGGGCUUCACUCAGGCAUGCAGCCUGCUCUUGCAUCAGCGCACUCACGCUGUGAAAGAUGCUUCAGCUGUUCAGAGCAUGGGAAGGAGUUCACCCAGUCCUCAAUUAUCCAGGAAGAUGAAACAAAACCACUUGGCUUCUGACUCUUCAAAGCCUGUCCACCAUCUACCAGGCACAACUCAGGAGUGUGAAGGAAUACUCUCUACUUGCCAGGAUGAGUGUGGCUCCAACAACACUCAAGAAGCUUGAUACCAACCUGACAAAGCAGCCUGCUUGAUUGAUAACUCAUCCAAAAACAUACCGUCCCUCCACCAUCAAUGCUCAGUAGCAGCAGUGUGCAUCAUCUACAAGAAGCACUGCUUCUUCCUGACCACCAAGGGCAGAUACAUGAGAACACGUGCGACUUGCAAGUUCCCCUUGAGCGACUCAUUGUCCUGACUUGGAAACAUAGCACUGUUCUUUGUGUUGCUCAUCAAAAUCUUGGUACUCCCUCUCUUACAGCGUUUUGGACAGCAGCAGUUCAAGAAGGCAGCACACAACCAUCUUCUCCGUGGCAGUUAGGGAUGGGCAAUAAAUGUUGGCCCAGCCAGUGAUGUCCAUAUCCCCGGAACAAAUAAAAAGAAAUUGAUAUAUUGCUUCAGGCAGAACCUGUGACAAAGACUGGUUUGAGACCUACUAGGCAGAGGUGACACCUGCCAUCGAAGCAAAAAGGCCAGGCCACACAAUGUUCAAUGUAAAUGCAUCAGCUAGGACAUUGUAUUUUUUUGAAGUUACAGACAGUUGUGGGGGAUAUUCUGAUCACAAACGCUGGCUCAGCUUUUAUCAAAAAAUACCAACUGCAGCAUGAUGAUGUGCUUCUGCUUCUUUCCUAGAUACUAUCUUUCAAGGCAAAAUGUUUAGAAAGGGAGAUAUGAGAGUUGUUUCCGAACUGUUAUUGCAAGUGCCUCUGUGUCUGAUAAAAAAAACAAUAUUAUAACAUCCAAUAGGAGAGUAAAAUUGUUCUAGGGCUCUUGGAUAAGAUAGAAUUGUAUUGAAUGGGACGCCCCACUUAGAAUAAAAAAAAUGAAGAAAAUCCUAUUACAAAAGGCAACUGGAACAAUUCACCCUGGCUAUAGUUCAAUGGAAUAAACCAAACUGGUAUCCAUGUACAUUUUAAUGAAUGGAGAGUGUGGAUGAGGCAGUUGGUCAUCUGUUGCAGAUGUGUGUAUCUUUGCCAUUGAACAUUUAAAGAAAACAGCAUUUGACUUUCUGGUUGCUGCCUGAGACAUCAGAAUCAUACAGGAUGGGGAGAGAUCAUUGGACAGACAAUUUAAUAUUGUCUCAUUUAAUGUUUUAAAAUCCUGCAGUGAAGCACUGUGUAUUAGAAAUAAAUAUGACAGAUCAGCUAGGCCAAAGAAACAGGUUCAAUUGGGAGGCACCUUUAGGAGUAUUCUUCAGAGUGCAGACUGUUUGGAAUUUUACUUUUUGCUGUGCUUCAGUGAACCCCAUGAACUUUCCAGUUAUAUAACAAGUUCUGAAUUCCUUUCAAGGAAUGUUUGUAUUAUCCUGCUGUUAUUUUGGUCCUGCUGAAAUCAAUCUGAUCGUACUGUACACUAGAACAUAACUGUUUAUAAAGAGUUCAAGUCCA